CCUUGAACAAACACACCCGAGCGUGAUCGUGCUACAAGAUUGACCACAGAACUUUCCUGACGGUCCCAGGCUGACUCGAGGGUUGGGGAGUUUUCGACUGGGACAAAUGUACUGGGAGAUGCUACUCACUAAGAUGAAGUGUGUGUCAUCCUUUUGACGAGGACCAGCUGCUGCAGGUACAUCCAGGGACGACAACAGUGACGACAUCAUGGGGUUCGCCGGCAUGGGCAGGACGGCUAUAGUUAGUCUCAACAGCUCGUUCCUGCUGCUGUCUAUCGGGCUGCUGGUGGUCGGGAUGCUGGUGGAGUACAACCAGGAGAUCCUGGACGACAUGCUGGGGAUGGUGACAGACAUGGUGAAGGGUGCACUGGACUCGCUCAAGCAGUCCGCCGGGGAGCACCUGCCAGCCGCCUUCAAGACCAGCAUCUCAGCAGAUGAAAUAAAGACGAUGAUCAAAGAGCUCAUCCAGAAUAUCAGUAUGCCUCUCAUUGCUGUCAGCUCAAGCUUCAUCGUCAUUUCCGGUUCCGGUCUGCUAGGGGGAUGUUGCAAGUCUAAAUGCUUCCUCGUUUUGUAUUGUGUAUUCCUGGUUGUUAUCAUCCUGGCGGAGGGCGUGUUCCUCACUCUCUUCCUGCUGCCCGGCACCAUGAUUGACAGUUACAUCAAGAAGGCGCUGCGCGACGCCCUGCAGUUCUCUAACUUCAAGGGCAUGGAAGACAGCAACGCCAUAUCAAAGAUAUGGACAGCCAUCAUGGACCAGAUGAAGUGUUGUGGCCUGGAGGGGUUUGCUGACUUUGAAGAGACGCUGUGGUGGGAGGGACGAGGCAACAUGAGCGUCCCCAUCUCCUGUUGCAGCAACAUCACAGCGGCGCUAGAGGAGAAAAAGAACACUCAGUUGAGCCCCAACUGCACCGUCUCCCCCAGCAGCGACAACACCAACAUUCAAUUGGGUUGUUACAAGGCGAUGGUAGACAAGAUAUUUGAGUCUCAAGUGAGCAUCGGGAUAUUUGCUGGCGUCUGGGCGCUGAUCUUCCUCAUCGAGGCGACCCUGUUCUUCUCCGCCGUGGCCGUAAUAAAGGAGGCUGUGGGCAGGAGGAAGAAGGUGCACCCCAGGUCACGUCGACAACGGCGUCGUUAACGCACGGAGGGUGAACAGGGGGACGCAAGUGUGACACAGAAGGAACAGGGUUACAGAUGUAUACAGUGAGUGAGUGAGUGAGUUUGGUUUAACA